AUGAAGUCUAUAAGAUUGCAAAAAAAAGAUCAAUUAGAGGUGCUGGGCCACUGGCAUGCUGAUCCAGAGAUGAUCUUGUUCGACAAGCUUGAAGGAACAUCCACGGCAAAAAUCAGGCGCACACUAGGACUCAAGGACGCUGAACGGAGCAGCCGUGCCCUGGGCAUUAUGGUGUUCAAAAAGCUUCUCCCCAUCACGUUGCUCACCAAGAGGGAGUUCCUCGCCGCGUGGUGGCAAAUGGCCAUCGCGCCCUCUGAAAAAAGGGGUGUACGCCACUGCAACGCGUUCUCAAAGACUACGACUUAUCGUCAUUUCAACGAGACAGUCCUAGCGGCCUCGAGCGCACAGGAGCAGGUACCAUUCAUGGCGGUAAACCUUCCCUCGCCAAAAGUCAUGGCAGGCAAGGUCAAGCAUGCGUAUGCGUAUGAUGCUGAAUCUUUCAUCUUGGUCCUCACCUGGGUCCAUCUUCAGUAUGAAGGUGGCGUGCGCAGCAAGAACAGACCACUUGAGGAGUUUCUGAAAGUGGAUGCUCUUAGAUAAGCAGAACAAAAGACCCACUUCUGGUCAGUAAGGC